GGCUAGUCAGGAUCUCUAAUCUCGACAUUAUGUAUUAGGCAACUGGAGAGCCAGAAAGAGCAAGUGAUUCACUCAAGGUCACCGAGGAAGCUGGAUGUAGAGGCAGGAGGGUUGCAAGGGAAGCCAAGGCCUGUCUGAGGGUGUGCUAAGAAGAGUGUGGAGAAAAGUUUAUGUCUUCUCCCCGGGUACUGUACCAUUGUACCUGGUCACACAGGAGCCCCCAGCUUGGAAUGCAUGUGUGGGAGGGGGAGGUGUGUGGUGGAGGCAUGCCUCAUAAGGUCUCACUUCUCAUUUUGGCCUCCCCAGGUCUCCUGGGGCCCCUACUCCGGGGACGAUGAGGAGGCAUACUCGGCUGAGCCGCUGCCAGAACUCUGCUACAAGGCCGAUGUCCAGGCCUUCAGUCGGGCCUUCCAACCCAGUGUCUCCCUGACGGUGGCUGCUCUGGGUCUGGCCGGCAAUGGCCUGGUUCUGGCCACGCACCUGGCGGCGCGACGCGCUGCCCGCUCGCCCACCUCCGCCCACCUGCUCCAGCUGGCCCUGGCCGACCUUCUGCUGGCCCUGACCCUGCCCUUUGCCGCAGCCGGGGCUCUGCAGGGCUGGAGUCUGGGAAGUGUCACCUGCCGCGCCAUCUCGGGCCUCUAUUCGGCCUCCUUCCACGCCGGCUUCCUCUUCCUGGCCUGUAUCAGUGCCGACCGCUACGUGGCCAUCGCGCGGGCCCUCCCAGCUGGACCGAGGCCCCCGGUGCCGGGCCGUGCCCACUUGGUCUCAGUCAUCGUGUGGUUGUUGUCGCUGCUCCUGGCGCUGCCUGCUCUCCUUUUCAGCCAGGACGGGCAGCGAGAAGGCCAGCGGCGCUGCCGUCUCAUCUUCCCCGAGGGCCUCACGCAGACGGUGAAGGGGGUGAGCGCCGUGGCGCAGGUGGUCCUGGGCUUCGCGCUGCCGCUGGGCGUCAUGGCGGCCUGCUACGCGCUCCUGGGCCGCACGCUGCUGGCCACCAGGGGGCCCGAGCGCCGGCGCGCGCUGCGCGUCGUGGUGGCCCUGGUGGCUGCCUUCGUGGUGCUGCAGCUGCCCUACAGUCUCGCCCUGCUAUUGGAUACUGCCGACCUCCUGGCGGCCCGCGAGCGGAGCUGCCCCGCCAGCAAGCGCAAGGAUCUGGCACUGCUGGUGACCGGGGGCUUGGCCCUCGCCCGCUGCGGCCUCAACCCCGUGCUCUACGCCUUUCUGGGCCUGCGCUUCCGCCAGGACCUGCGGAGGCUGCUACGGGGUCGAGGCUGCAGUCCAGGGCCUCACCGCCGCGGCCGCUGCCCCCGCCGGCCCCGCCUUUCUUCCUGCUCGGCUCCCACGGAGACCAACAGUAUCUCCUUCUGGGACUACUAG